GCUACAGUUGGACAGAGUUGCUUGUAAGUCGCUUUGGCCAAAGGCGUCUGCUAAAUGCUAAUGUAGUGUAAUGUAAUGAUUUAGAAUUCAUACACUAGGAGGACAGCAGUGGUACGUUGUCGAGCUGAGGUGCAGCAGAACUAAACGAGGGCCAGAGGGCCUGUGAACUUUGUUUUGUGUGUUUUUUUAAGAUAUGUUUUGGGCUCUUUUCCUUUAUUGACAGGACAGUUGAGAGACAGGAAGUGAGUAGGGGGAGUGGGACGGCAAAGGACCCGGGCCGGAAUCGAACCCGGAUCGAUUCGCUGGUGUAGCAGUGCAGUGCCCUUACCGCUUGAGCCCCGGCAGGGCAGGGCAGGUGGCCGGGGGGCCUGUGAGUUUUGGAGAGGCGGCCUGCCGUAGGCAACAUGGGGAUCCACUCCGCAUCCGAGAUCAUCUUCAUCACGCUCAACCACAACAUCACUGUGGCAGGAAAGUUUUGGCUCAUCAGUAUGGUCUUCUUACGAAUCCUCGUUCUCCUGUUUGCUGGAUACCCACUCUACCAAGACGAGCAGGAGCGCUUUAUCUGCAACACCAUGCAACCGGGCUGUGCAAACGUGUGCUACGACCUCUUCGCGCCCUUCUCCCUCCUGCGCUUCUGGUUGAUCCAGCUGCUCGUCCUCUGCCUCCCCUUCGCGGCGUUCGUGUCCUACGUCGUCCACAGAGUGCUGUCGGACGUCGCCGUCCUCCCCGACGCCUCUCUGAAGAUGAAAGCUCGCUCACUGAUCGAGAUCCAGCAGGAUUCUUCUAUGCAGAGCACCAACUUGAGUAAGUCAAGUCGCGUGCAAACGGAGUUCGGGAUGCUGCGACGGAACUUGUUUAGCGGCGCCUACAUGGUCCAGCUGCUGCUGCGCGUGCUCCUGGAGGCGGGCUUCGGGGCCGCGCACUACUACCUGUUUGGAUUCCACGUCCCCAAGCGCUUCAUGUGCCUGCACUCCCCAUGCACCACCACAGGUUUGGAUUGCUACGUCUCCAGGCCGACGGAGAAGACGGUGAUGCUGAACUUGAUGCUGGGAGGCUCCGCCUUCUCCCUCCUCCUCAGCUUCCUGGACAUGCUGUGUGCCAUCAAGAUGACCGUGCACCACAAGACCAAGACCAAGAAGAUGCUGGUCAGGAAUAUGUACCAGGAGGAGGAGCAGUUCUACCUCCCGCCCAGCGGCAGCCAGGCCGACAUCGACGCCAACCUGCCCUCCGCCCACGACGACAUGCUGGCCACCGGAAGCUUCCGCAAGAGAAUGGGCGGUGGCGGUGCCGGUGCCGGUGGCAGCGGCGGCGGGAGCGUGAGGCUGGGCGGGAAGUCCCAGGGCGUCACCCGGGAGACCAGCGCGUCGGCACCCCACCUUGAGGAUGCCCUCCUCGCCACAUUCGGCCGGGAAACGCCGGGCAUGCUGGGACUAGGACUGGGAGGAGGAGCCACCACCACCGGUGACAAUAGCGGGUACCCAGUGGGUGGUGGUGACACCAUCAUGGACGAGUGCCACGAGAGAGAAGGCAGUGAGGUGGCGCUGUGCCCCACGGAGCCGGGGGGAGGAGGGACGCCCAGGCCCAUACGCGUCAACAAACGCAGCCGACUCAAGCCACCGCCCCCGCCCAGGAGGGACAACAAAGCGCCCGGGGCGAACCUCCCCGGGGACGUAGGGGCGCCGAGCGUGGGGGUGGGCGCGGCUGUGUGCACUAGGCGGGUGGGACACUACACACUGGUGGAGAUGAGUGGCGGAGACCUGCCCUCCGACAGCAACGACAACCAGGAGAAGAGAUCCGAGUGGGUCUGACUGAAUCAGUCAAUGACUGCACAUGAGAACACACACACC